UUUUUUAAGAGAUUGGAUAAGUUUUGAUGAACAAAACAACGAUGUAAUUAUUUCUGUUUUCGAUUCUGAUGACCAAAUGUUAGAAUCUGAAACAAUUAAUGUUGAUGAAUAUUUAGAAGGAUUUAAAUUUAAUAAAUUUCAUGUUUCGAGUGUAGAAGAACAUAUUGGAGAUAUUGCCCCAACAAAGUUUAGAAAUUGUAUUCGUUUUACUCCUCAUUUAGUUUGUUGUUCCUCACAGGGGAAUGGACAUAUGCAUUUAACUAAAUGUUUUUUGGAGACUAAAGAUAAUAUUCAAAUAUCGGCGGCUUCUUUUUAUGAUUUUGUCCCUCGUUGGCAAACUUUAGUUGAUGGAGAAGCUCUUUUACUUUUACAUAAUACAAAAAAGCACGCAAUUCUUGACUUAAAAAGAAAUAUUUUACACGAUAUUAAAGAAGAACAUCUUCCAAAUAAUUUUAUUUCACAUGGAUUCUUCUUUCCUAAAGCUACAGCAAAUGAAUUAAUUAAACUUGUUAGAGUAGGCGAACAUUUUCGAUUAUGUGAAUUUGUUCAAACUCGGGAUGAAUUAAAUACUACACAAGGUUUUUACUCUCCAAAAGAAGGAAAAUGUCAAAAUACGCCAUUUAAAAUAGAUCCAGAACUUUCUCAAAUACUUUUUUGUGUUAAUUCUUUAUAUUCUGCAAUUGUACAAUAUGAUCAUGAUCAAUUGCCAGAUGAUGCAUCAAAUCUUACUUGGAGAGUUUGGCUUCAAUUUGACGGUUCUGAUAUUGUUUACAGUGCCGGCGCGUCUGCGCCUUCUCGCCAAAGACAAAUUGCUUUAAAUUGUGCUGACGAUCGCUUAGAAUUAUUUGUUUUGGGGGAUAAUGAAUUACACAAAUUUAUAACUAAAUUAAAUGGAUUAAAAUAA